UUCUCUCAAAUAGUUUGAUGUUAGUAUUAAAAAAAAAAAUUAAAAAAAAAAUUGUGAUUGAACUUUUUAUCCGGUGUUGUUUUGAACAGUUUUGUAACCUCCCCGACAUUUGGCUUCUCUGGCUGACAAAAUUCAAAAUUCGCCGACCGUAGUUUUUGAUUGAUAUUUUUCGACGGGGAGUCAAAAUUUGGUCCGUCUCUCCUGGGAUGAGAAGAUGUCUGUGGAGAACAUCGACCUUCUGUACAAAGCCAUCAAAGAACAUCACGAGGAGCGGAAGUUGGAAGAGUACCAGCUCGACGAGUCGAAGCUGAACCCGACUCUCAGGGCUUAUCAGGUAGACGCCGUCAAAUGGAUGCUUCACAGGGAGACGGCCGAGAGGCCGGAAACAAGGAUCUGCCAGGGGAAUGUGAUAGAAUAUCCACUUGGUGGUAUAUUGGCUGAUGAAAUGGGGCUUGGAAAGACAGUAGAAGUUCUCGCUUGCAUUCUCAGCAAUCGGUGCCCAGAGGAUAUUGAUAACACGAUCAACAUUUUGCCACAGCCAGUAUUGGGAAAGAGAAAAACUAUAAACAAUAAUUUUACUGUUGGAAAGAAAAAAAGGUGCAAAGUUCAAAAGCAGGAGGACAAUAAGAAUCAAAAGAAAAGUGGGUUUAUGAGUGAAAAAUAUACUGCAUUGCGUAUGUGGUACGAAACUAUCCUCUCCGGCCAGACUAAUUACUCCACUCCCGAGGAAGUCAGCCUUCAGUGCUUCUGUACGACGACCCCCGAAUCUGAGACAAUCGAGUGUCUCGAGUGCGGCACUGAGCAGCACACUGUCUGUGUCGGUGUGACAGCAGAUUUUGAAAAUUACAUAUGCCCCAAGUGCUGGUCAAAAAAGGAGCCGAUAAAAUCUAGAGCAACGUUCAUUGUAUCGCCAUCCUCAAUUUGCUACCAGUGGAUCACUGAGAUAAAGAAGCACGUAGGUGACCCUGACUUCAAAGUUUGUGUAUAUGAAGGGAUCAAAGGAAGGAAUUAUAUUCAACCAGUCGAUCUUGCCGACAAUGACAUCGUCUUGACUACCUAUCAGGUGUUGUGCAAGGAACUGGAUUAUUCCCUGGAAGAGAAUACACAGCGGAAGCUGCGACAUGCGAAACGCUACCAUGCCCCGGUCACACCACUGACCUGCAUUUCGUGGUGGAGGCUCUGCUUAGAUGAGGCACAGAUGGUCGAGGGGAGCACAUCCAAGACGGCGAUGAUGGUCCGUUGCCUAAAUGCCAAGUAUCGCUGGGCCAUCACUGGGACCCCUAUUCAAAAAUCCCUGCAAGAUUUGUUUGGCCUAGUUCAGUUCUUGAGGAUCCAGCCAUACGACAACUUGUCCAACUGGAACUCACUGGUGGAAGAGGAGCACGAGUUCCAUGGAUUCAUCUGUCCUGUCAUGUGGCGCAACUCGAAGAAGGACGUCUUCCACAUGCUACAGAUACCACCACAAACGACCGUAAUGCACAUGAUACACUUCAGCCCCGUUGAAGGCUACUUUUACCAGAGUAUGCACAACGAGUGUUCGCAGGCCUUCUCAGCGAAACUAAGCAAAUUCCCAGAUCGCAACACUCCAAUAAAGGCCCUUGAUAGACAGUUGGUCAACAGGACUUUGCUCCCUAUGCUCAAGCUCCGCCAAGCCUGCAUUCACCCACAAGUUAUAUCAGGCAAAUAUGGCAAAUUCAAGCAUACCAUGACAAUGGAGGAACUUAUGAAUGAAAUGGUGACAAAAGCCAAAUUAGACGUAGAUACGGCCCUUCGCUCGUUGGUUUCCUCACUCAAUGGUUUAGCGGCCAUUUAUCAGAUUGAGCAAGACUUUGGCGGAGCAGUUACGAUUUAUCGCCGUGUCCUCAGCACUGCAGAAGAAUACAAGCAUGUUUCUAAAGUUGACACUCUCCAGAUGAUACAUACUCUCCAUAAUCUUUCCGAUCUCCUCGAAGAGCAUGGUGCUGGAACUCACGAGUCAUUAAGACAGCAGAAAAACGAACUGGAAGAGACAUAUCUGAAGAAAAGCGAACAAUGUUUAAUAAACACAAGAAUGACAGUUACAAAGAUGACUGCAUCGAUAGAAAGCCAGUGUGACGGACGGACUCUUGGAUUCACCGAUUGGUGGGAGAAGGUGAUUAACUGGGCUGAUAGUGAUGAACUCCUCACCAAGAUUAACACUCACCUUGAUGAUGGAAUACUCUCAGGCAAAUCCUGUUUAUCCAAUAAGUUGAAAAAUAUGCCAGCUGUCCAUAGAGAAGUAGCGAUCUGGCUCGCGAACGCCGAUACUGCCAGGGUAGACUGUAUAGCCGCCUUGAAAGCCUUGAACGAAGUACCAAAGGAGUAUUUAUCCGGAAUGGCUCUCUCGUGCCAUUUAGGCCAAAAGGCUCCUAACAAAAAAAACACUAAAUUGUGCCAGAUAUGUGAGGUGGACAAGAUGCUAAAAAAGUACGAGUCGUGUAUUUUUUCGGUAAAAAAGCAAAAAGCAAAUUAUUUGGGAGACGAGGAGGAACUUAAAUCAGCUGGCAUGACGAACAAGAAUAUCCUUGAACUGCAAAAUGUCCAGAUAUUCGAGACAAAAAAGGAAGGCAAUUGGAAGCCAACUCAACACGAAAGAGUUCUUCAUGUGCUGCAGGGCUAUACAAAACUAAAAAAAGGCCCCACUCCAUGGAUUGAAGACUCCAUCAAACAUUUAGCAAUCCUGGAAGCAGUCCGGAAAGAAUUUAAGUGGCUUCGUGCAGAAUGGAGGCAUUUAUCCAACUCUGUGAGUGCGAGAGAUGAACUGGCGAUGGCAAAACUGCGUCUGCGUCUGCCCACUCCUGAGGAGCUCAAGGAGAAUAAGAGUUUGAAAAAGAAAUCAGAUUCGAUUUACGUCAUUCAUGCCCACGAAGUUCCCAUUGAAAAUGCCAAUCUCAAAAUGACCUCAAUUAUGUCCGAGGCCAAGCUGAAGAGGAACUGCGGUAUCCUCCUCUAUCUUAAGAAUUUGCAGAAUAAUGUAAGCAACGCUGUUGACGUGUGUCCAGUUUGUCAAGAUCACAUUCAAGAAAAGUGGUCUGUUUUACAAUGUGGCCAUUGGCUCUGUUUUGAAUGCAUUCCCACGAUGCUCAAGAUGUCGCACAACAGGCACGUGGAAUGUCCUGUGUGCAGGUUGAAGAGCGAAAAGGCUGAAAUUGCAUUCGUGGCAGGACGGAACAAAACGCAUCCUGAGGGCGAAGUAAAAAUUGAGGGCUCAUAUUCGUCCAAAGUCAGGUCUGUCAUCAUCGAGCUUAUGAACUUGAUAGAGGCAGACCCGACAGUUAAAGUCCUUAUUUUCUCAUCAUGGGAUAAAGUGCUUGACGUCAUCGGAGAAGCAUUACAGGAAAAUUCCAUUUCGUUUAGGAGGUUGGGGACUUCCGCAAAGCUUAAAAACUCUUUGACUCAAUUUAAGACAGGUCCGGUUUCAGCACUGCUGCUUCUCCUCAGUUCUGGGUCGAAAGGUCUCAACAUAAUCGAGGCGACACACGUCUUCCUCGUCGAGCCCAUCCUGAAUCCAGCAGACGAAUUGCAGGCGGUAGGGCGUGUCCACAGAAUCGGGCAGACGAAGCCUACAUUUAUCCAUCGGUUCAUUAUACACAAUACAAUCGAGGAGAGAAUGCUCAGCUCUGUCGACAGCAACACCUGGGCCGAUGGAAAUGUCACCCUCAAUGAGCUGUUCGGCCUCUUUCAUCUCAGAGAUGAGCACACAAACGAAACAAAUACAAUCGAUGCUCAAAAUGAGUGAGAAAACUGGAAACAAUAAAUAAGAAUAACAACCCUUGUAA